AGCCGCAAGCUUCGAGGUGAGCCGAGCGGCGCUGCUUUGUAAGGGCGCCUGGCGAAGCGGCUGCGCUCCAGUCGGCGGGAGGCUUGGCCAGGAGGAGGAGGCGGCCCGGAGUUGGAUCGCGCGCAAGACGCCGCCGCCGCCGCCGCCACUGGGGCACGUGCUGCAGCCGCAGCCGGCAGACCUGUAGCCUUGCAGCCGGACGGACGCUUGUCUGCUCGCCUGCCCGCCUCCUUUCACAUCCUGGAGCGGGGUGCCGCGGACGCCUUUAAGCGCUGGGAGAUCCCGCCGGAGACCCUCGCCCGGGUGAUCUUGGAGAUCCUCGUCGCAACUUACCCGCGAAACAAGCCGACGCAUUUAUUUCCUCAGGCCUCCAGAGAAAGCACAGUCCCCCCCUGACAGACAGGAAUGUGGAAGAAGGCCUGCAAGGAAGUGCCAAAUGUAUACACUCUGCACCUGAGGAGCAUCUCAGAGGACACCAACUCCCGGCAGAUCCCAGGAAGGCCAGGGGGCUAAACAAACCUGCCAGCUAGACUCUCUUCCUCAAAGCCAUUGGUGUCAAGGCAUGCCCUCUGUUGUGACAGAUAACUGGGAGAUGCCCGGGCAGUGGGACAUCUCUGCAGCAUGCUGAGGAGACGUAACCUUCUCACUACACUUCUGAUUGCUUUGCCAUGGGGUCUUCUUCUUACAUUGUGGCAUCAGUACCCAACUACCCGCUACCUCAGCCUUCUGAGAAAGGAAACAGAUGAAAAUGUGACGGCCAAAUCUCUCUUCAAUAAUAGCACAUCGCUCGCGAGGGAGGAUGGACUCUCAUCAUGUGCUCGGCAGCCAGCUGUUGGGGCAGCUCCAAAAAUAAUCCGGAGCUAUGUGUACUCCAGGCCUCCCCCAUGGUCAGAGGCUCUGCCUGCCAUCUUUGUGAUCACCCCUACCUACAGCCGGCCAGUGCAGAAGGCUGAGCUGACCCGUCUGGCCAAUACUUUCCUCCACGUGCAGAACCUCCACUGGGUGGUGGUGGAAGACUCUCCCAGAAGGACCAACCUAGUAUCCAAUCUGCUGGAGAAGACAGGGAUCAAUUUUACGCACCUGAACGUUGAGACUCCUAAGAGUCUGAAGAAUCCUUCCUGGCUCCCAUCUCACAAACCGAGGGGCACGUUGCAGAGGAAUCUUGGGCUGCAUUGGCUGAGGGAGAAUUUCGGCACCACACCACCACCAGAGGGUGUGGUCUACUUUGCUGAUGACGACAACACCUAUAGCCUGGAGCUCUUUGAAGAGAUGCGCUACACAAAGAAGGUGUCUGUCUGGCCAGUUGCCUUUGCCGGGGGCCUCAGGUACGAGUCCCCAAAGGUGAGCCCGGCAGGCAAAGUGGUGGGCUGGAAGGUCGUGUUUGACCCUAACCGGCCCUUUGCCAUCGACAUGGCUGGCUUUGCCAUCAGCCUCAGGCUGAUCCUGGAGAAGCCUCAGGCCACUUUCAAGCUGGACGGAGUGAAAGAAGGUUACCAAGAAACUAGCCUGCUGAAGGAUCUGGUCACGAUGGAUGGACUGGAGCCCAGAGCUGCCAACUGCACAAAGGUCCUGGUCUGGCACACGAGGACAGAAAGGCCAACACUGGUUAAUGAAGGCAAACGCGGAUUCACAGAUCCAAGGGUGGAGGUGUAAUCGGGAAAUCACCUUAUUCUGUAGCAACUGUUCUCAUCUCUACACUUGCUCAGCAGCAAACUGAUGCAGCAGUGAAGAAUAACAUCCUACUUGUGUUCAUAGCUACCAGCUUCCCACAUCCCGAAAGCUAUGAAAGAAAGACAGAAAGACUGAAAGGAAGUGAAUGUGGAACCCCAAGUCCAGUUGCUUUGUACAAUGGCCAUUCAUCAUGCAGCUAGGAGAAAUUGUUUCUACGUUUGUAUUUAUUUCUUGAAGGACUUUU